CUUACUGGAGAUUUUUUAAAAAUAAGUUCAUAACAGUUAAACAAAUAAAGAAAAAACAAAAGAAAAACACACAUCAGACCCAAUAUAACGAAUUAAAAAAAUAAAAAAACCGAAAAUGCAAAACACAAGGAUAUAUAGGAAUUAAAACAAAAGCAAACGUGCGCAAAAUUAUCAAUGAAUUGCUGUAAUAAAAGAACGAUAGCUACGACGACGACGUUUAUACGAAGAAAAUUGUUGAGUAUAGAAUUGGAUUCUUAGGUUACCGGUCGCUACCCUCCGCACAACAGUUUUUAACAGCUCAACAAUUUUUUUUAACAAAAGUAGAGUAAUUAAACCCUCUGGUUUGGAAAAGAACAUAGUGUAUCAUACAUACGCAGACACAUAAACUCACACCCAACGAAAUACAAGGAGUGCAAUGAAUAGCCUUAGCGCCAACAGCACUGGUAAUUGCAGUGGUGGCAUUACAGGUAUACGCCCUUCUUCAGCCAGUGACGACCAAGUCGGUGGUGGUGCUGCAGGUGGUGAUGCUGAUGCAAAUUCCAGACGACAAGCAACACGGGUAUUUAAGAAAAGCUCCUCCAAUGGCAAAAUUACCGUGUAUCUGGGCAAGCGAGACUUUGUCGAUCACAGCACACAUGUUGAUCCCAUCGAUGGUGUUGUAUUCAUUGAUCCAGAAUAUGUUAAAGAUCGCAAAGUUUUCGGCCAAGUUUUGGCUGCAUUUAGAUAUGGACGCGAGGAUUUGGAUGUAUUGGGUUUGACAUUUCGCAAGGAUUUGUAUUUGGCCAACGAACAAAUAUAUCCACCGACCCAAAGUGAACGACCGUUGACACGGCUGCAAGAGAGGCUGAUAAAAAAGCUGGGACCCAAUGCAUAUCCUUUUUACUUUGAAGUUCCUCCAUAUUGUCCGGCAUCAGUGUCGCUACAACCUGCCCCUGGAGAUACAGGAAAAUCCUGCGGUGUGGAUUACGAACUCAAAGCAUUUGUUGGUGAACAUAUCGAUGAUAAACCACACAAACGUAAUUCGGUACGCUUAACAAUACGCAAAGUAAUGUAUGCUCCGUCCAAAGCGGGCGAACAACCAUCCAUUGAGGUUAGCAAAGAAUUUAUGAUGAAACCAAAUAAAAUUCAUUUGGAGGCAAGUCUCGACAAGGAACUGUAUCAUCAUGGGGAAAAAAUUUCGGUGAAUGUUCACGUGGCGAACAAUUCGAAUCGUACGGUUAAGAAAAUUAAAGUAUGUGUACGACAAUUUGCCGAUAUCUGCCUAUUUUCGACGGCGCAAUAUAAAUCCGUUGUGGCUGAAACUGAAUCCGAAGAUGGUUGCCAGGUAUUGCCCGGUUUUACAUUAUCAAAAGUAUUCGAGCUGUGUCCACUGCUUGCCAAUAACAAGGACAAGUGGGGCCUGGCACUGGACGGUCAAUUGAAACACGAAGAUACAAAUCUAGCAUCAAGUACACUCAUAACAAAUCCAGCCCAGCGUGAAAGUUUGGGUAUUAUUGUACACUAUAAGGUGAAGGUGAAAUUGCUUAUAAGUGGUCCAUUAAUGGGUGGUGAUUUGGUGGCUGAAUUACCGUUCACUUUGAUGCAUCCCAAACCUGAGGAAGAAGAAAAUCCACUGUUGAGUGACAAAUCACCGCGUCAAAGUAUACGCGGUGAUGCCCAGCUGGUACAGAUCGGUAAUGAUGAUAGCAGCAGCAAUACCGGUGCCAAUAACAACAGUGCAACAGGUGGUGUGCAAGAAGUACCAACCACAAAUCUAAUUCAACUGGACGACGAUGAUGCCCAAGAUGAUGAUAUAAUAUUUGAAGAUUUUGCACGUCUUCGAUUAAAAGGUGCCGAAACGGAGGCCUAAAUGUGUCUGUCCAAACAAACAACAAAGCCAUAUGCCAUUUAUAGUAAUGAAUGAAAACUACGUGUAUUAUCCAUCAUAGAUUCUAUUUCCACAGAACAUUCUCUGUUGCAACAAAGAAAAACAAAUGUUUUUUGAUUUUAAUCAUCAAACACAUGCUGAAAUUGGUGUUAGUAGAUACCCCCAUCCAACAAACUCCAACUUUAGAGAAACUUGAACUUUGUGUUUUCUGCAUAUUUUACAUCACUCUGAUUGGAUAGAUUUUUAUGUUAUAGACAAAAUAUUACUGUAGGCAAAUCGAUUUUUUAAAUAUUCAAUGUGAGCAAACCAUUGUUGGAAAUUCUAGAAAGUAAAUAUUUAAUCAUAGCUAGUAUAUAUGUAUUUGACGAUACUACGAAUCUCAGGGCACAGCAUUUUUGCGAGUUGCAUGAUGUUCGAAAAUAUAAUAAAUAACGUUUUUAUUUUUUGGAAAAACUAUUGAAAUGAUUAAAGGAAAAUUGUCUAUAUAUUUUGUUAUUAAAUGAAAUUUAUGAUCUAGAGGUCAUCUGCAAUUUGUAAAAUACCUUCAGUUGGCUAUUGAAUACCUAGAGGCAAUGUAUUCUCAAUAGGGGAACUUUCGUAAUAGAAGACCCUAAGGAAAGACAACGAAGUAUGAUAUUCCUUGUGGAAUAACUAUAGUUAUUCUUGGAGCUAUUCUAUUUGAGAAGCAUGCUGUUGCAUAUAAGAAAGGUUUACAGCCUUAAAUGAUUGUGUAUUCUACUUCAUAUAUCAGAGUAGAAGACCAAUGAGGCUCCUUCUGUUUUUAGUAGAUUUAAUAGUGUUCUGUGGUCUAUAGAAGACCUGAUGGCAGAUUAUUGUAUACAGAAGAUCAUUAUUUGAUACUGUCUACGUUGUAAUAAAUAUCCUGAUACAGAGUGAUGUAAAAUGUUAUAAAGUCGUUUACACAUGAAGUUUGCCUUCUUUCAAACUUGAUUUUUCUUUUGUAUAGGAACUACAUAAAAAAACUAAAACAGCGAAUGUUUCAAAGUCUAUGUUUUCUUUUUCGUAAACGUCUAAGCUAGAUAAACCUGAGAAAAGCAGAAGGAGACGAAAGAAAUGUUAACAACAUAAAUUAGAAAUUACAUGAUAACACACAAAAGCAUUCGAUGUCCAUGUUGAUGAUCCCCUAGUAGUAUGAACUGUACGUACAUAUGUCACACACAUGCAAUUGAAUUCAAUUAAUUAUUUUAAAUAUUAUAUAAAACAAAAUGUAUGUAUAUGAUGUCCUUGUCACCUAGUGUUUAAGUUAUAAUUUAUGCUAUCAAAUCUACAAACCUACCUAUCUAUCUGUCAAUCAACUGUCAACUGCUAUGUUUUCAUUUAUGUUUUCAAUACUGUAAAAAAAAGAAAGGAAUGGAAAAUAUAUAAAUUAUAAACACACUAUAAACAAAAGAUAAUUUAUAAAUUAUGUAAUACGAAAUUAUCUGCCGCUUUUAUGCUGUAUAUUAUAUGUACAUUACAAGAACAACUAUUACUACUAUUGCUACUAUUACUCUUACUACAGAGAGAUGUUUUGUUUGUUAUCUAUGCAAAUAUGCAUAUAUCAUAGCUACAUAAAAUAUACAUAUUCUACUCCCAGAAGAAAAAAAAAACACACACACACAUUAAAUAUACUCGGCAAUACUCUGACAAAAAAAAAAUUAAACUAAAAACGAAAAUAAUAUAAAAAAUUCUACUCUUACCAUAGUUGUAAAAAAUCAUCAUAACAUUUUUAUUUUUUUUGGAAUAAUUAGACCAAAGUAACGAAAAAAUUUUUGUAUAACAUUCAUGUUGAUAUAAAUAAUUUGCUUUCCAAAAUUAUAUCCAAUUGUUGUUACUUUUUAUCUAAAGCAAGGAACUAGUGGAAAUUCACUAACUACCAUACCACCAACCACCAUCAACACCUUACUUAUUGCAUACACCAUUAAAUUUCAAAAUAAAAUACAAAGAGCUUUAAUAAUUAUAUAUAUUUAAUGAGAAGAAGAAAAAACAUAAAACCUACAAAAAUAAUAAAACAAAAUAAACAUAUUAUAUGUUGUAUAUUUUUUCAAAAUUUUAUUUUGUAUAAAAUAACAGCCUUAUUUAUAAUUCUAUUUUAAUGAAAUUCAAACGUCGUAUACUGAAACAUACAUGCAUUUCGGCGCAUUUUCCGGAUAUUUAUUUUAAACGAAACACCAACAAAUACAUACAACAACAACAAAGAAUAAAAACACACAAUAACAUAUAUAUAGAAA